AAUUUGAUUGGUUAAGAAAAGAGCUGUAUCCCAUAAAUGAAUUUUCAUUGGACAUCAGACUCAAGAUGGCUGCGCCCACGAUCAGAAUUUUAGCUGCAUAUUUAUUUAUUCUUAUUUCAAUUGUCACGUGUUUUGAUGAUGAGUUUGAAGGGUCUAGAACACUAAGUUUGGAGCACUCAUUUGAUCAAGAUUCAGACCCAGUGUUUACAAAGAGAGGAACUGUUGUUAUUAAAUCAAUGCAAACAAAACGUGCAACAUUCUCCCAAGUUUCCUCGCUUUCCUCUGAAGAUAGAAAACUUUUAAGGGAUGUUGCUCAACAAGAUGGCAUAUACAGAAUUAGGAUUCCAAUACGUGAAACAGGGGAUGGAACUGUGUAUGUUUCUACUUUUACAAAAGCUUGUACAAUAUAUGAGUCAUCCCUCUCUGAAACCUUGAUUAUUUCUGUCGACCAAUCAGGAGAGGUUUUAGGUGUUUCCAUGGCAGCAGACCAUUACUGCUCAGGAAUUGAAGUGUCGGCUGCCAAUCUUACAGACUGGAAUACAAAAGUUGAGAUCUCAGUUUCUGUGUCGGGUCCAGUGCCUGAUACACAAAGUUAUAUAGAUAAAAUUAAGAAAGAUGAGAGGGAAAAAGCUAAAGGGAAUCAGGCAGAUAACCGAUCUUUCUUUAGUAAAUAUUGGAUGUACAUUGUGCCAUUUGUGAUAAUGAUGUUUAUUAUGCAGUCAAUGGAUCCUCAACAAGGUGGAGGUGGUGGAAGAUAAAAUAGAAGGAGUGGAAGUUGUUCAUAAAGUGUGGAGUUAAAUUAAUAGUAUUUCAGUGGACAGAAAUUAAAAUUUAAGCUAACACAGCCGUCAUCACAAAGUGCAUUAGCUGCGCAUUAUUCCUAGAAAACUAUGAGUUUAUCAAAGUUAAAAGAAAUUGCACUCAAAGUACAAUUAUAGAACAUGUACUGGUAUAUUAUAGAACAUGUACUGGUAUAAGGAUCUAGAAAUCAGCCUAGUUUGAGUUUAGUAAGAUGAAAGAUGGCCAAAAAAUAUUUGAGAAUUAAAUUGGUAUAUGAAUAAUGUAAAUGAUGUCAAAUUUAAAAGUGCAGUUGUAGAUGAAACAUUUUGUACAGAAUUAAAUAUGUCUAUUGAACUUUUCCGUAUGUGUCGUGUGUGUAGAUGUGUGCAUUUAAGCUAACUGACCUCACUUGUAGUAUAGUUUUGUCAAAGAUAUAUUGUCCUUAUUUGUUUGCUUACAUUGCCCUUAUUUGUUUGUUUACUUGAGUUCUUCACACUUAACCUGCUAGAGAACCAAAAAACUGAUAAGCCUUUGUCAUCCGUAUUGAGCCAGGCUAGUAUGUACAUCUGUUCAGUCAGACCAGGUUCUAUACUGUUGGUUGACCAACUUUAAAUUUUCACCCUGAUAAAUGUAUUUCCAAAUUGAAAUGAAAAGUCUUUUUAAAAUAAUCAGCAGCAUAAAUGUUAAAGUGUUGAAGUGAAUUUAUGAUAUAUGUAGGAUAUAAGAAGAGUGAAUUGCAACAAUGUUUUUAUUCUUUCAUUAGGUUGAAUGGGAUAUGAUCAUGCAAAACCCAAAACAGCGUUGUCCUUAAUUUAUUUGUACAUUCAUGAAGUUAAUAUUGUGCUCUUGGACAUGCUUCAUUGUUAUCAUUCUGUCUGAUGUAAUUAAUAAUGCCGCGUCAAGACAAAAUCAACAUAGUGCGUUUGCGACCAGCAUGGAUCCAGACCAGCCUGCUCAUCCGCGCAGUCUAAUCAGGAUCCAUGCUGUUCGCUAUCAGUUUCUCUACUUGUUAUAGGGUUGGUAAGCGAACAGCAUGGAUCCUGAUCAGACUGCGCGGAUGCGCAGGCUGGUCUGGAUCCAUGCUUGUCGCAAACCCAUUAUGUUGGUUUUGUUGUGACGUGGCUCAUAUGUAUAUUGUAACGUUAAUAUGGUAACCAGAUCUUCAUUCAUUUUUUAUUAUAUUUAUGUAUUGUAAUGUAAUCCAAGUGUUUAAUGUAAUUUAUUGUAAAUCACAAUCAUGCCCGUCACUGUUUUAGGUUUGAAUCCUGUCUGGGGCUGCUGAUUUUUUCAAGUGAGAAAACUAUCCAGGUAGAUUUUCAUUAGUCAGUUGUUUCACUCUGUCACUUACUUGUGCCUGAAAAAUUGCAAUUAAGGGGUUUCUGGGAUGCUCAUACACAAGUGAAACUUUUAAAGUUACAAUGUGAUCUUACUAGUGUUUUUAUGUCUAAAAACAACACAUGUAGAAACAUACAAUUUACUAAAAUCAGUGGGUUUUUUUCUUCUGUAUAUCACCAUGCUGUAUAGUAAUCAGAUCUUUUGUAAUUAAAUUUUUGAAAAGUUAA